ACUCUCGCGAGAAUCCGCACCGCCGCCAUCUUGGUGCGGAGGCGGCCGGCGGUCACCGGGACGAAGCGCUCGGAGCCGCCGCUGCUGCUGACCCGGUACCGGUACCAGCCCCGGUUCCGCUCCCGGUCCCGCCAUGCUCUCCCGCCUGGUUCUCCGUGUCGCCCCGGCCGCGCUGCGGACUCUGCCGCCUCCCGUUACCCUGGGUGUAUUGCACACCACAAGGACACUGCAUACAACUCGGGAGGCUUUGGCUCCUGUGCCACCUCUGCCUGAGAAAGGAGGAGAAGUCCGCUAUGGUUUGAUCCCUGAGGAGUUUUUCCAGUUUCUCUAUCCUAAAACAGGAGUUACAGGACCUUACAUGCUGGGGACUGGACUGGUGCUUUAUCUGCUCUCUAAGGAAAUCUAUGUAAUUAACCACGAGACAGUUGCAGCCAUGUCCAUAUUAUCAGUCAUCAUCUAUGCCAUAAAGAAGUUCGGGGGUGAUGUAGCAGCUUUUGCUGACAAACUUAACGAGGAGAAAGUCUCUAAAGCUUUGGAAGUGAAAAAUGAAGCUAUGAAAGCUCUGGAGACUGCGAUAGAGGAGGAGAAGAAGGAGCAGUGGAGGCUGGAGGGGAGAAGUUACCUCUUUGAUGCCAAACGGAACAAUGUUGCAAUGCUGCUGGAGGCCAACUACCGGGAGAGGCUCCUGACUGUCUACAACGAGGUGAAGAAGAGGCUGGACUACCAGGUGGCCAUGCAGAACUUAAAACGGCAGAAAGAACAAGAACACAUGAUUCAGUGGGUGGAGAAAAGUGUUAUUCAGAGCAUCACACCUCAACAGCAGAAGGAGAGCAUUGCAAAGUGCAUUUUGGACCUCAAGGCGCUGUCGAAGAGCGCACAGGCGGCGGCGUAACCACGGCUGAGCCCUGCCCCAUCCCUCACUGCUCAGACUGUAUGGUUCUAAAGUGUCAUUAAACAGACAAACCAACCA